GUAUAAUGAAAUUGGAAGGUUUCAAAAGAUGUCUAAAGCUUAGUGGCCACAUCUAUCGUCUGUCUUCUGACCCUUAAAAAAAAAAACAAAGAAUAAAUGGGAUGUUUCAGAAGAGAGCUAUUUAAAAGGAAGAGUGUUGCAAAUGGCUUCAGAAUCUACCAAUGGGAAGCAAGCUAGGAGUCAUGUGACAAAGGGGCGGCGUCAGCAGCAGCAGCAGCAGCAGGUGAGGAGCCGGUCCUCUGUCAGCGAGUGUGAUGGCGACGACUCCUUCAUCUUCGAAGCCAACGAAGCCUGGAAGGACUUUCACGGCUCUCUCCUGGGCUUCUAUGAGAAUGGGGAGCUCUGUGACGUCACACUAAAGGUUGGCUCGAAGCUGAUCUCCUGUCACAAACUGGUGCUGGCUUGUGUGAUCCCCUACUUCAGAGCCAUGUUUCUUUCUGAAAUGUCUGAGGCUAAGCAGGCGCUGAUCGAGAUUCGAGACUUUGACGGCGAUGCCGUGGAAGACUUGGUGAAGUUCGUCUACUCUUCGCGGCUCACUCUGACAGUGGACAACGUCCAGCCUCUGCUGUAUGCAGCGUGCAUCCUGCAGGUUGAGCUGGUGGCCAGAGCUUGCUGCGAAUACAUGAAGUUACACUUUCAUCCCUCCAACUGCCUGGCUGUGCGAGCCUUUGCGGAGAGUCACAACCGAAUAGACCUAAUGGACAUGGCGGACCAGUAUGCCUGCGAGCACUUUACUGAAGUGGUGGAGUGUGAGGACUUCGUGAGCGUGUCCCCACAGCACCUGCACAAGCUCCUCUCCUCCAGCGACCUCAACAUCGACAGCGAGAAGCAGGUCUACAGUGCUGCCAUCAAGUGGCUUCUUGCCAACCCACAGCAUCACCCUAAAUGGCUGGACGAGACCCUUGCCCAGGUCCGUCUGCCACUCUUGCCAGUGGAUUUCCUCAUGGGCGUUGUGGCGAAAGAGCAGAUUGUCAAGCAAAAUCUGAAAUGUAGAGACCUACUGGAUGAAGCCAGAAAUUACCACCUUCAUUUGAGCAGUAAACCAGUUCCUGACUUUGAGUAUUCAGUCCGAACUACCCCGAGGAAGCAUACUGCUGGUGUGCUGUUCUGUGUGGGUGGUCGAGGAGGAUCUGGUGACCCCUUUCGUAGUAUCGAAUGCUAUUCUAUCAACAAAAACAGCUGGUUCUUUGGACCAGAAAUGAACAGCCGCAGGAGACAUGUGGGUGUGAUCUCUGUGGAAGGGAAAGUGUAUGCCGUGGGCGGCCAUGAUGGGAACGAGCACCUAGGCAGCAUGGAGAUGUUUGACCCUCUCACUAACAAAUGGAUGGUGAAGGCAUCGAUGAACACCAAGAGGCGAGGGAUUGCCUUGGCCUCCUUAGGGGGCCCGAUAUAUGCGAUUGGAGGGUUAGAUGACAACACUUGCUUCAGUGACGUGGAGAGAUACGACAUCGAAUCUGACCAGUGGAGUACGGUGGCGCCAAUGAACACUCCCCGUGGAGGUGUCGGCUCUGUGGCUUUAAUCAACCAUGUUUACGCAGUGGGUGGCAACGAUGGUGUAGCUUCCUUGUCCAGUGUGGAAAGGUAUCACCCACAUCUGGAUAAGUGGGUGGAGGUGAAGGAGAUGGGCCAGCGGAGAGCCGGCAAUGGUGUUAGUGAGCUUCACGGCUGCUUAUACGUCGUUGGUGGUUUUGAUGAUAAUUCCCCUCUGAGUUCGGUUGAGCGGUACGACCCUCGGAGCAACAAGUGGGACUACGUGGCAGCGCUCACCACUCCCAGGGGUGGCGUAGGGAUUGCGACGGUGAUGGGCAAGAUCUUUGCGGUCGGAGGCCACAACGGCAAUGCGUACCUUAACACAGUGGAGGCGUUUGACCCUGUGCUGAAUAAAUGGGAACUGGUCGGACCUGUGUCUCACUGCCGAGCUGGUGCCGGUGUGGCCGUGUGUGACUGCUUAACUAGCCAGAUCCGAGACGUAGGUCAUGGGUCCACUAACGUGGUUGACUGUAUGUGAUUAAGUCCCAGCAACAAGGAUACAGUGCCAUCUGAUGGACGGGACGACAGCCUUUGGACAUGCGCAUUUGAUCGUGACCACAGCUACUGUCUUUGAGUGUCAGCUGCUGUAAGUAGGUCUGUGGGCUGACGGUGAGAGCUGCUAGUCACAGAGUGAAGUGAGCGGUUCCUGCUUCAGCAGACAGUGGAGCGGGCUGGAAGCAGCCUGUCUGUGAGCCCAUUCUUGCUCUGAGAGACGUUUCAUGUAGUGCCAAACCUUAAAAUAGCUGUUUAUUUUGAUGAAUAAACUGUAAUUUAUUGAGUUUUAUCUGUUCUUUUUCCUGAAGAAACUAACUUCAGGCAGUAGAUUUUUCCCCAGAGGAGAGAGAAGUCCAGUCACCCACAUGAGAACUUGAGGCCUGCUCCCUGGAGGAUCGCUCUACACGGUGCUGGUGAAUGUAUGUCUUGCCUUUUGUCUCCAGAUGGUGACUUUCAGCUCUUGGGUGUUUAUGAAGUAGGGAAAAUGUUUGUGUGUUUCUGAGACGUUCUUGAAACCACAUUAGUGUCUGUAAGAAGGCCUUGGCCUCCAUGUGGAGUUUUAGAACCACAGGACACAGCUGUGCCUGCUUCCUCACCAAGUGUCCUGGCCGCCACUCUUUUCCCAUUCGUGAGCGUUCCUUGGUGAUGACCAUGGCUUGGCAUGAGUGCAGCGCCCAGUGAAAAGACUGAGAAGGAUGUAUGAAGCCCACGCCCACCUAGGGAGGCUGUAGAGGCUCCUUUAACCUUGUUCUUCGGGUUAGUCGUUGGCUUUGGAGCCAGGACCCAUUUUCUCUUACUCUGUCACUUGUCGCCGUCUUGGGUUUCCUAAUUGUACAAAGCUGAAUUUAUUUAUUAUCAGGACAUGAAUGCGUUUUUACAAAAUUCCUUUCUGCAGUAUAGUCUGAUGAUUAGUUCCAGUUUGUCAUUAAUCAAUAAAAUAUGUUGCUGGUAAAAAC